AAACUGCCUGUCCUGCAUUAGAAUUAAGAACCUGCCCUACCUGAUGACCUGGAUUCUCUAUUUUAAAAAUAGCACCUGCUGUCUCUUCCUAUUCAAGGAAUAGAGGCUAACCUCUCCCCGAACUCAUCCCCUCAAGGAAGCAAGAAAUUUCAUUUUCUUCCACUGAACUAGUUCCAUUUUAAAGCACUUGCAUCUUUAUCUGCACUUCUUGAAGGCAACGUAGUCAACAUCAGAAUGGUGCAGCGUUGUGUCGCUUACGGUUGCAGUAACACUCAUUCUGAAUCAGUUAGCCUGCACAAAUUCCCUGCCGAUCCAGUGUUAAGGGGAUUAUGGAAUGCUGCUGUGGGAAAGAACAGAGCUGACUGGCUUUAUGCUAAAAACAGCAGUCGUCUGUGCAGUGCUCAUUUUACUGUUGAUUCUUUUGAUACAAAGUACACCAUGAUGAAGGAAUUGGGAAUGGAUAUUGGACGUAUGUGCCCUCGUUUAAAGCCGGAUGCAGUUCCCACUAUAUUUUGCAGUCCUCCAUCACCAGGCAUGGUGUGCAGCACCAUUAAGAAGCCUCAGCUGUCUGUUGCUGUGGACAGACAUUCCCACCAAGAGGCAGUUUCAGCAGUAUUCACCAAAAAUAUUGAUGUACAAGAUAUUGAUGAACAUUGUAGCAGUAAAACUAUGAACCAGCCAGUAACUGCAUUGUUAGAUCAGACUGAGGCGGUAACACACCAGGAUUUAAGUUGUCAUAGCCAACACUGUUUUAUAAAAGGAAGGACAUCCCAGUGUGCACAGACUGCAUUCACGGCAGUGUCAGACUCUUGUGACUCCAUGCAGACUUAUGCUGAAGAAAGGAACCAGUCCAUUCAGUGGAAAAUUAUAAUGUCACCACCACCUUACCAGCUGGAGGUAAUCAGCCUAGUGAUACCAGAAAACUUUGAAGACGUUGCUGUUAAAUUUUCAGAUGAGGAGUGGAAGAUGCUAACAAAAGAGGAGAAAAGGCUUCACAGGUUGGUGAUGAUGGAGAACUAUGAGAACAUGGUUUCUGUAGGAUAUAAUGUCCCGUUGGAGCACCUCUGGUUGCUAAUUAGGAAAAAGGAAGAAUUUCCGCAUGGUGACACAGAAAGUGCUGGAGUGAAACACCAUACGCAGCCUUCUUACAGCACUUCCUGCAUCAGCAGGAAUGCAGAUCACCAUGGGAUUAGAAGCCAGCACUUACUUGGCAAGCUUCCGGAUCAUGAAUGCAGCAAGACAUUCCUGGAUGAUAAGUCCUUAGCAACACAUGUUUUGGUACCAUCUGGAAACAAGCACAAUAAAUUACAAAACUGUAACAGUGACUUUAGCCAGAAAAGUGAGCAAGAAACGCGACUUGAAAGGCAUGGAGGGCAAAUACCAUGUAAAAUGAUUAAUCACAGCAGUAAUUCUAUAUUCCAUAGUAACAUAUUAACUGGUAAAUUAAUCUGCAGUGAGAAGGAACAAAAGCAUCCAUUGUUAGCACAUGAAGAAGUCUUCAUUGCAGAAAAGAAAUAUAAAUGCGUUACAUGUGGAGAGGAUUUUACGCAACAGACAAGUCUGGUAUUGCAUCAAAUUAUCCAUUUUAAGCAGAAACCCUAUAAAUGUGCAACCAAUGACAAGGGUUUUACACGUAACCAGAAACUAAUGGAGCACAUAGAAUGGAAAUUCUAUAAAUGUAGUAUAUGUAAUAAGGGUUUUGUAACUAAAAAUAAUUUACUACGGCAUCAACGUAGCCACACUGACCUCACAUACUACAAUUGUACCAUGUGUAAUAAGAGUUUUACAGAUAACAAAAGCCUAGCACGGCAUCAGACUGUCUACUGUAAGAACAAUCCCUUUAAAUGUACCAUGUGUGACAAGCGUUUUACAGAUGAGACAAGUUUGGUAAUACAUCGCAGUGUCCAUGCUGGGCUGAAACCCUUCAGAUGUACAACGUGUGACAAGAGUUACGCGGAUAAGCAAUGUCUGAGAAUACAUCAACGUAUCCACACUGGCAUAAGACCGUAUAAAUGUACGUCAUGUGACAAACGUUUUAUACGUAGGAGUAAUUUGACACAGCAUCAGCUUAUUCACACCAUACAGAAACCCUUUAAAUGCACUGUAUGUGGCAAGAAUUUUAGAGAUAAAUCAAAGUUGUCAGAUCAUCACAAUGUCCACAUUGGAGAGUGUGUGUAUAAAUGUAAUACAUGCGACAGGAUGUUUACAACUAAGAAAAAUUUGGUACGACACCGAAUUGUCCAUACUGGGCAUGCACCCUAUAAAUGCACAUUGUGUAACAGGGGUUUUAAAGAUGAUGGUAGUCUAGAAGAGAAUUUGGGUAUGCAUGCAGGACAGAAACCCUAUAUAUGUACUACAUGUGAAAAAGGUUUUACAAAUAAGAAAGGUUUUUUAAUGAACGAAAGUGUCCACACUGGAGAGAAACCCUAUAAAUGUCCCACAUGUAAUAAAACUUUUGCAGAGAAAAGAAAAUUGUCACUGCAUGAGUUUACCCAUACCAGACAGAAACCAUAUAAGUGUGCUGCGUGUGACAAGUGCUUUACACUAAUGGAAAGUUUGACAGCACACCAGAAUAGCCACACGGGACAAAGGCCGUAUAAAUGCACUAUGUGCGCCAAAGGUUUUAUGCGCAAGAGAAGUCUGGAAAUGCAUCGGUGUAUCCACUGUGUAAGAGGAUCUGUGCCAGACAAAAAUCCUUUAAGUGCAGCAGAUGUGACAGGUGCCCUACAGAGAAAAUUGGUUAGUAGCACAGUGAAAUCUCAUUGAUGGACAGAAUUCAUAUAAAUGUGUCACAGCUGGCAGAGAGCUCAUAGGUAAGUGGAUCAUAGGUGUCAGUUAGCUCACAUUGAGCUUUAAUUAUGCCGUGACUGAGGAAUGGGGACCACUCCUGUCAUGAUAAUAAAAACCUAGACAGUUUGGAGAAAUUAAAAGUACAAUGGAUAAAAUCAUACUUGUAUUUCAAAAUGGACUUGCAAACUACCCUAAGAAUUGCCAGCAAAUAUAAUGUAAAUUAUAAACACAAAAUGAUGUAGAUAUAGUCUGGAAUCAUCUUGUUAAAAAUAUAGUCAUGGCAAUAGAAAUGAAAGGGAAUAAAAAGAAUUAUAUGGAACCAAGGCUCACCUUUUACUACAUAAACUGUAAUAGAGACCUGUAAAAAAAUAACAUGAAUCCCAGUAUGACAUGGCUAGUUUACAAAAGAGCAUUUGAUAGCAUUUCACACUCCUAGAUUAUGGAAUCCUUACAGAUAAAUAAGGUCCAUCAUAUACUAAUAUGGCAGUUGCUAUGAAAAACGUGUCAAUCCACUUUAACUGAACAACAAAAAGGGAAUAUUACUAUCUGGUGUUAGAAGUGAUUGGAGAAUAUUCCAGGGUGAUUACUUAUCACCAUGUCUGCUUGACCUUGCCCUUAGUUCACUGCUGUUUCCUUAGCAGUCUAAGCUAUAGGUAUAGUCUGACAUCAGGAAAAUAAUCUUGGCAAAUGGCAUCUUCUCUAAUUUUUAUGAAGGACCUGAAACUUUCAGUUGUUUAUCAGUAAGCUUUAUAGUAUAGCUACAAGUUGUUAAAGGCUAUUCAGAUGAUAUAACAAUGUCAUUUUUUGGCUCAAAAAGGUUCAUAAGUGGUUACUGGUCUAUUGACCUGAAGUUCUUUAUAAGCCUAGCCAUGUGUACCCAGUAUAAUACUAGAGAAACCCAAUAUAAAAGAUCUUGCCAAAACUUGAAAUCUUAGUUCGCAAUGACUGUCCAUGUCAAGGAGGGUUAUAGGUGAAAUCACCAGCAGGAAUUUACAGUUUCCCAUCCAUUCAUCCAGACUAUGCUUAAACAGGGUCAUAGAGGGGCUCUGUUUGAUGUGAAUUGGUUGCCUAUUCUAAAGAAGUGGCAGCCUCUGAGAGACAUACCUGUCUCUCCAGCAGGUCCUAUUUAUGUCGCAGGCUAAGUUAAGGUUUCCAUUAGGUUUGGAUCCGAGAUUGCUCCUUAGGUCAGGCUUAAGUCAUCUCUAAGGAGUCUGUACGCUACUGAGUACAGUGACAGUGACUUCAGUCUGUCAGUGUAUGACAUGUGCUGGAGACCCUGAAUUUUCUUGGUUAGAAAUCUCUCAGGUCUCUGAAGUUGCUUCAGGAGCCUGGUAAAGUACAUACCAAAGGGAACAUUCUACUCUAUUAUUGGCCUGAUGAGGGUCAAGUACAG